GUUAAACUUGCCGGAGAGCACAGCGUCAGCUAGCUGCUAGUGGGAACAAAGAAGGAACAAAGAUAGCUGCCGUUGGUCUCUAAAGCGCUCCUUUGCUGCCUCAAUUGUCCUUUCAUCGCCUCAGUGUUGCUACCUAGGAGACAGGUGCAGCCUACCUAUUUUCCUGCCAAAAGAAAGCCGGAGCGGAAGAGCUUCUCUUGAAGGUCUGCAACACAACUGUAAGCAAGUUUUUAGGGGAAGCAUGACAGACAUGGAAGUUGCGCCGUCGGAGGCAGGACCUUCGGGGGAAGCGAGCGGUUCUGUUGCAAAAAAGGGGAAGCGGUUUGAGAUCAAAAAGUGGAACGCUGUCGCUCUUUGGGCGUGGGACAUUGUGGUUGACAACUGUGCCAUCUGCCGAAACCACAUCAUGGAUCUAUGCAUCGAGUGCCAGGCAAAUCAGGCGAGCGCAACAAGCGAAGAAUGCACAGUCGCGUGGGGAGUCUGCAACCAUGCCUUCCACUUCCACUGCAUCAGUCGUUGGUUGAAGACGCGGCAAGUCUGCCCCCUCGACAACAGCGAAUGGGAGUUCCAGAAGUACGGACGGUGAAUACAUAGGUCGUACGUUUUCAAGGGCGUUCCUUGCAAGCAGCCUGGGGCUUUGGCAAGUCGAGGUCCCCUCUUGCAUCCAGUUCUGCGGAGGCAUCGCGAACCUCACACUUCAAGUCGCUUCUAAAGGCAAACCAACCUGGGUCAAGAAUAACGGACUCUUUGUGUACAACCUGAAGGAUCAAGAUUCGAUGCGCUUUCAUCUU